AUGGUGCUACUAUUGCACACAAAUGGACAGUUCACUAGUCUAUCUUAUGAGGACCCACAAGUGCACAUUCAGAAUCUCCUCGAGAUCAGUGACACUUACACUCCAACUGGAGUGAACUCCGAUUAUGUGAGGCUCAUCCUAUUCCCCUUUUCUUCGCUAGGGGAAGCAAAAAUAUGGUUGAACUCUGAGCCUGCAAACUCCAUAACAUCUUGGGAUGAUCUUGCACGGAAGUUCUUGAUAAGGUUUUUGCUAUCCAGGAAAACAGCCAAACUGAGAAGCGAUAUAUUAAGCUUCCGACAGAAAGGAGGAGAAAACUUAUACCAAGCUUGGGAGAGGUUUAAAUCCAUGUUGCUGAGUUGUCCACAUCAUCAUCAAGUUAACAAAGUGUUGGUCCACAUCUUCAUUAAAGGAUUAGAACCAAACACAAAAACUUUACUUGAUUCUGCUGUAGGUGGACAAGCUUUGGAGAAGACAUAUGCUGAGCUAUUUACAUUCCUUAAUAGAAUCUCACAAUGUAAUCCUGAAUGGAAUGGAGGAGGACCUAAAACGGUCAUACAAAAGACUGCGAGAGUGUUGGAAGUGGAUGCAGUGACAACCUUAACUGCACAAAUUGCAGCAAUGCAAAAUAUGAUGACUACACACUUUAGCAACAUGUCACUAGGACAACAACAAGCUCAAGUUAAUAUGGUGCAGCAGCCACUAGUAUGGUGUGAAGUAUUGCCCAGCGAAGAGGAAUGCACCAAAAUUACGGCAACACCUAUAAUCCGAGCUGGCGGAACCACCCAAACUUUUCAUGGGGUGGGUCAUGAAAAUCAGCAGGCUGUUAAGCAGGGUGAUAUGAGUGUGGAGGACAUGCUAAAACAAAUCAUGACUGACCAAGCUAAGUUGGCAGCAGAUGUCCGAAACAACCAACUAGCUACCAAGAAUUUGGAGAAGCAGUUCGGGCAGUUUGCUAGUGCCUAA